AUGGGCCACCUCCUGUCCCGGGAGCCGCGAAGCCGCCCGAGCCGCAGGAGGCCGCGCUGCUGCAGCUGGUGCCGCCGCCGCCGCCCGCGCCCGCGCCCGCCCCGCAGCCGGGACUGCUUCUUCCGCGGGCCCUGCAUGCUCUGCUUCAUCGUGCACAGCCCCGGCGCGCCCGCCCCCGCCGGCCCGGAGGAGGAGCCGCCGCCGCCGCCGCCGCCGCCGCCGCCGCGGGCCCGGGCCUCCGCCGAGGACUGCGCCGCCGCCGCCCGCCGCUUCCUGCUGGCCCCCGCCGCCGCGUCGCCCGCCUCCCGCUGCCGCGAGCUGGGGCUGGCCGCCGCCGCCGCCUGGGAGCGCCGCGGCCCGGGCCUCCUCCUGGCGGGCGUGGGGCCCGUGCGCCUCCUCGGGCCGCCCGCCGCCCUGCGGCUCCUGCGCGGGCCGCCGCCGGCCGCCGACAUGGUGUGCAAGCGCAAGGGCGCCGGGCUCCCGGCCUGCACGCCCUGCAAGCAGCCCCGCUGCGGGGGCCACGGCGGCGGCCACGGCGGCGGGCACGGCGGGCGCGGCGGGCACGGAGGGGCGCACGCAGGGGCGCACGGAGGGCCCGCGGGGGGGGGCGCCUCGCCGCCGCGGCCCCCCGACGCCGCCUGCUGCCCCGCGGCCCCCGCGCCCCCCGAGGCCCCCGCGCCCCCCGCGCCCCCCGGGGCCCCCGCGGCGGCCGGCGGGGACGCGGGGCGAGCGGGGGGCGCCGCCCCCUCGGCCGCCCAGCAGCAGCAGCAGCAGCAGCAGCAGCACGACUGCGGCGACGCCGACCGCCGGGAGCCCCCCGAGAACCCCUGCGACUGUCACAGGGAUCCGCCCCCCGAAACCCCGGACAUCAACCAGCUGCCGCCGUCCAUCCUGCUCAAGAUAUUUUCCAAUUUAUCCCUGGAUGAGCGUUGCCUUUCUGCCUCAUUGGUUUGCAAGUACUGGCGUGACCUUUGUUUAGAUUUCCAGUUUUGGAAGCAGCUGGAUCUUAGUAGUCGUCAGCAGGUCACUGAUGAAUUAUUGGAAAAAAUUGCAUCAAGAAGUCAGAAUAUAAUUGAAAUCAACAUUUCUGAUUGUCGCAGUAUGUCUGAUACUGGCGUAUGUGUUCUAGCAUUUAAGUGUCCUGGACUUCUUAGGUAUACAGCCUACAGGUGUAAACAGCUUUCUGACACUUCUAUUAUUGCGGUUGCCUCUCACUGUCCUUUACUUCAGAAAGUUCAUGUAGGCAACCAGGACAAACUUACUGAUGAAGGACUCAAACAGCUGGGAUCAAAGUGCAGAGAACUCAAAGAUAUUCAUUUCGGCCAGUGUUACAAGAUCUCAGAUGAAGGCAUGAUCGUCAUAGCUAAGGGCUGUCUGAAAUUACAAAGAAUAUACAUGCAGGAAAACAAAUUAGUAACAGAUCAGUCGGUGAAAGCAUUCGCUGAACACUGUCCUGAACUUCAGUACGUUGGCUUCAUGGGUUGUUCAGUUACUUCGAAAGGAGUCAUUCACCUAACCAAGCUACGAAAUCUUUCCAGCUUGGACCUACGUCAUAUCACUGAACUGGAUAAUGAAACUGUGAUGGAAAUUGUCAAGAGGUGCAAAAAUCUUAGCUCUCUCAAUCUCUGUCUGAACUGGAUCAUAAAUGACAGGUGUGUGGAGGUCAUUGCAAAGGAAGGACAAAACCUGAAAGAGCUGUAUUUGGUGUCCUGUAAAAUCACAGAUUAUGCACUGAUUGCCAUCGGCCGGUACAGCAUGACGAUAGAGACUGUGGAUGUCGGAUGGUGUAAAGAAAUUACAGACCAAGGAGCCACCCUGAUUGCACAGAGCAGCAAAUCUCUGAGAUAUCUGGGGCUGAUGAGAUGCGAUAAAGUCAACGAAGUGACGGUGGAGCAGCUGGUGCAGCAGUACCCCCACAUCACCUUCAGCACCGUGCUGCAGGACUGCAAGAGGACCUUGGAGAGGGCCUAUCAGAUGGGCUGGACCCCCAACAUGUCUGCAGCCUCCUCCUAACGCUCCUGCUCCCGGGGGGGGGGGGGUGGUGGGAGAUCUGGGGGGCCGAGCCCUUGGAAAGAUUUUCCCUGUUCCACGUCUACGGGUGUACCCCAGUGUAUAUGUGUGUCUUGUUCGCAUACCGCAUAGCAUAAGCGCAAUUGCUGUUUGUUCCCAGGUGAGCUGGGUUGGGGUGGUUUUUUGGGUUAUUUUGUUUUUUCCUUAAAAAUUAAAGAUUUUUGAAAGCCACAGACCCUUUGGUUUUUAAACUCAAAGGCUUGUUUCUCUAAAGAAAAAAAAUUUUUUUAUUUACUGUAAAACCAAAAACCGUGGGCCCUAGUAUGUUGAUCUUCUAAUUGCCGCCUCUUGAAGAUGCCCCGAAAUGAAGGCAUCCAUCGGCCUUCUCUUCCGAUGGAAUAGAAUUAUGCACUGCUCCUGAUGGUGACCAGGCCAGAAGGGAUGUUGCACCAAUUAGAAACCAGGAAACCAGGCCUUUGCAACAUUUCAGGGGCCUACACACGUAUAGGUCCUCACACACACACACCCUAACAUGCCAGUACCUGUGCCGCAUGAGCACAAACGCCAGGGCACUUUCUUUCUAGAUCGUUCUCUGACGGAGGGGCCUUCUCCAGGCCACUGAGGAAGCUCGGCACCCAACCCGGGAUAUGCACAGGUGGCUAACUUGCUGUCUGCAAGUGAGGGAGGGCCUCGAGAACAUAAAGCCUUCUGAGAAGUUUUUAUAUGGAGGCAACGAUCUGAGCUCCCCUGGCCAGCUCACACAAGUUAAUUAUCCAUUAUUCUGCAAAUUUGUUCUGUAGAGUCCUGAAUAUUUUCGUUAAGGUUUAUGUUAAUGUUGUAUUCGCUCUUGUUUCAUGGAUUGCAACUGGUCCGGAUAUAUUUUAAUGAUAUUUGGAGCUACCCUUAAGCGUUAUCCACAUUCAAAGCACCAGUGUAAUACUAGUGUGCGGUUAUUUAAAAAAAACAAAACAAUACCUACAGAUCAUUUAAUUAUUUUUGUUGAUUUUGGUAAUUAUGAAAGUUUAUUUCUAAGAUUUGGAGGUAGUCACAUUAUUAGAAGAUUAAUGAGUGAGAUAUAAGUAGACAAUCUUCCUAUUGAUUUAUCUUUCUUUUUUUUUUUUGCUUUGCUUUGGGCUUUAGAACAGGUUUUUUGGAUAUAUGCAUGUUAAUUUUGAAUAGUUCUUGUGCUACUACAGAGAUCUAUUGCUGGUUAAUGUAUGAGUUAAGACGAAAAAUUAGAAAAUCUUUUCAUUAAGAUUUGUGUUUACACUUGUCGGAAAUAAGCAUUUCUUUGUUUCAAGAUUGCCAGCUUUCAGUUAAGACAAUAUCUAUCAGUAAAUGAAUAUAUGUUUUGAUUUCACACAUCUUUACAAUUAAUUCAUAGUAGGGACUCAGGCUCAAGUAAACUUUCCUGUGUCUCGAUUUAUAAUCAAGACAGCAGGGGAGCCUUUUUAAGCUAAAGAGUGAUUAUCUUUCACAGUAGAGCUAGAUACAAAACCCUGCCCUGUGAGUUUGCUAUUUAUUCUUCCCCAAUGUGGACAUAACUGGGUUUUUUGUUUUAUUUUGUUUUGUUUUGUUUGGUCUUUAACAGAUAUACUAAGGUUUGAGUUUCACUUUCUGUAAGUCCCAAUAUGUCUAAAAUGAUACUAGCUGUAAGCAACAAAAUAUAGCUUUACAUUCACAAAUACCAUUCACUUAUUUAUAGUGACUCCUUUUUUGUAAACACUGUUUCCUUUGAUUAUGUCAACAUGUUUCUGAUGUGGCAUAUGUUUUUUUUGCUUUUAAUCCCAAUCAGUUAAGAAAAUCUAGUUAGUAAGCACCAAGGGUAUUUUUUUUCCAUCACUAAAUAGGUUACUAAUUUAAUUUGAAAGGAAUAAAAUUUGUGUAAGAAGAAAAGCUGUUUAUUAUUAAUAAAAAAGUUCUUGCACAUCAAGUGGUAUCGUUUUCAUGUUCAUUUCCCCACCACUGAAAAAUAUUUUAAUUCACAAUAUUUUAACUGGUUUUUAAUCCAAAACUAAUUUAUAAGACAGUAUGUAUAGUAAUAGUAGCUGGAGUGAAUAAACAAAAGUUUAAUUUUUAUAUAUGUCACACUAUAUUUUAAAUAGUUAAAAAAGACAAAAGAAGGGAGAGCGGUUGAUGAUAUGGAUGGUGCCAUUUCAGUUCAAAGUUGUGAUAAUCUUUAGAGUGUUACAGUUUGGUUGUCAAAUGGUUCCAGAGGUGUAUAAUUGAUUUUUUUUUUAAUGUUGCAUUGUUUGAAUCUAAAAUACAGCACUAUAACAUGCUUUAGCUUGGGGGGUGGGUUGGGGUGGGGAACUUGCACUUAUUCUUUAAGAUGUUGACUAAUCCAGAAAGCCUGAUGCAACAUAACCUGGAAAACUGCUGUGGUAUAUUUGUAGAAAUCUGUAGAAAUAUCAUAUCCAGCCUCAAAGCAUUAAUUUCCAAAAAAAAAAAAAAAAAAAACAACCAGAAAAAAAAAAGCAUCACCUUGAGUGAUCCUGUGAUGGUUGUUGAAUGUGUUCUCAUUAGAUGCUUUGAAAUGAGGCUUAAAAUGAUUUCUGGGCAAUAUAGAGUUUCUUGUUUUGCUUAGAGUGUCAUAAAUAUAUGUGAACACGUUUAAUGCAGGGCUUUUUAUCCUCUCCAAAAUGUCAACAGUAUUUUCAGAAUAAAGACUAUGAAAUAUAUUGCUGUAGUGAAAAAUUCUGGUCCUUUGUCUUUAAUGUCUUUUUGAGUGGAUAAAGGAAAUUCACCCAGUUUGUAGUUUCUAUAUUUCCGUGAAUCUUUUGACCUUGCAAUGGGUUGCAAUAAAAGAGAAACAAAA